AUGGUCUUUACCGAUCUCCUCUUGAACGACAGCACCCCAGAGCUCCGAAAGUUCCCCUUCGGCGUGCUGGCCGCGCAGCCGGAGGAGGCGGCACCUGCGGUUUCACGGCGUUUUCACGGCGUGGGACCCGUGAAAGACGGCGCGAUGAAAGACGCAGAUGACUGCUGGAUGGGCCGGAAGCUGGGCAAGGUGGCCGCAGACUUGGUGCCCAAGAUCAUCAACACCAGUGGGAACGGCAAGUCGGUUGAGUUCCUGACCGUGGACAAGAUCUUGACCAAGUUCUUCCAGAGAUUUAUCCUCGGAGAAAAGUCAAAGUACAUCGAUGAUGAUGGCAAUGUGAUCAAAAUGCCUGGCGCUGACUACCAGGACUCUUUGCAAGUUUGGAAUCAGAAAGCUUCGCACAUCCUUGGUCCGCAGAAGGCUUUGUUGGGUAUCAAACCGUUGGUCUUUCGGUGGCAUGUGAUAUUGGAUUCACUUCUCAGUAUGCAGAGUCCAUCCUCCCCACCCCGCCCCACCGCGACGUGA